AUUCACUCUAUCUGGUCUCCCACAGUACACAGAACAUGGAAGUGCAAUUAUUUUAGUAAAUAUAAACUACUAAAUACAUCUUGUGACUUCUAUCAGUGUCCAGCAGAGCACUGGUUGAAGCUUGUAGGAGGAGUUUUCUUUUUGCUCUAGGAGGAUGCAGAACCCUGACCGCUGUCUGGACAGUGGUGAUUGGCCUGGUGCUGAACACAUGCACUCUGCCAAGAAAAAAAAAAAACCUCUCUAGCAAUACCCACCAAACUGAGCAUGUGCAGAGUGCCUCCACAUGAUAUGUUUUAUCAGGAGAUAAGAGGGGGGCACUGGAAGAAGGGGAGGAUCAGAGAAGUCAGGAUCAAACAACCUUUCUACACAAUGCAGAGGGUUAACCCCUUAGGUUCCACAGUGAGUAUAUCAAGCGUGCUUUACUGCAUAUACAGACUGAUUUUACUGUUGUGGGUUUAG